AUGCGUGGAUUGUUGGAUGUUCCUGAGGACUUGCUCCUCCUGGACACCAUCAAGAAUUCAGUUGAUUCAAAGAGUCUGGGCAGCAUCUGCGUCUCGAAGGCGAACUCCAUCACCCACAAUGGCACGGUGAUGGCACACGGCAUGAUGCAGUGCGGCACGACCAGUGAUGUCUUUUUGCGCAAGAACCUCGAGUGGUUGGCCAAGGCAUCGAACUGGGCCAAGUUCAGCGCCACUGCCUCCCUGGGUGUCAUCCACAAGGGCCACAUCAAGGAGUCGAGGUCCAUUCUGAGCACGUACCUGCCGCAACAGGGAGGCACGCGGGGCAGCCCCUACUCCGAAGGCGGAGCCCUCUACGGCAUGGGCCUGAUCCAUGCAAAUCACUACGAUCCGGAGACGAAGGAGCUCCCAGGCUAUCUCGUGGAACAGCUGCGGAAUGCCCAGGCUACGGAGGUACUCCAGCACGGGGCCUGUCUCGGCAUCGGUCUUUUGUGUAUGGCGACUGCAGACGAAAGUAUCUACGAUGAGCUGACCCAGACUUUGUACACGGACACCGCUGUCGCCGGUGAGGCAGCGGCCUAUGCCAUCGGACUCGUCAUGGUCGGUUCCGCGUCGCAGAAGGCAAUCGACGAGCUUUGCCCUUAUGGCACAUGGGCCCUUGCUUCGCGAGUGGUGUCCGAUGUUCAGACUUCAGAUCGUGGGCGGCGGACCUUCGUAAACUUCCUGGUGGUGUUCCUCUUUGCUGCGCCACCCGCAGAUGCACUGCGACCGGGGAAUGGACAGCCAUGCGCAGAUUCGGCUGUGAAGGGCCUCUCAGAGGCAGAUGCCGCAAAGCGCUUCUUCAUGUUGGCAGAGCUAGUGGAUGUCUCCGGUGUCUCUUGCCUCGACAGGCUGCGCAAUCUCCAAGCGUCCACGGACAGCCAGGGCUUCAUGCCGGACGGGGCCUGGACCAGCUGCCUGAAGAAGGCCGUGGACUACGAGGUAUGGAACAAGGACUGGACGAGACAGGCCCGGUUUCACCGGAGCAGCAAGCCCGGGGAAGAGAUCCAGGGGCCCGCAGGUCAGGUCAUAACUCUCUUCUCAGAGCGUGCUGCCGAGGCACAGCUCCACCUCGAAGACUGCUUGCAUGAGAAGGAGGAGCUCGCGCGGCGCCGCGAGGCCGUCGCCGCUGCGGCUCUUGCCCAGCAGCGCGCGAUGUCCCUGGCCUCGCUGCUGCAGGCUCGCAUGUCGAUGCUGUCCGAAGAGCCGUUGAACCGCAGCGCCGAGGAUCCCCACGAGCAGGUCGCAAGCGUAUCUGUCGCAAGUUCGGAAACAGUCUACAAGCCUCAGUGGAACCGGCUGCGCGCAUAUGCGCACGACACCCAGCACGAGAAGAUCAUCCGCGCCUGCGCCCUUGCAUUGGCCAUGAUGAUGUUCCGGAAGGAGGAGGAAGCAGAGCCCUUGAUCCAGGAGAUGCUGCUGGACAAGGAUGCGAUUUUGCGCUACGGCGGCUGCUUUGCCAUCGCUCUGGCUUACGUCGGCACCUCGCAGAAUGCCGCCAUCCGGAAGCUGCUCCACAUCUCGGUGUCAGAUGUUUCGGAUGACGUGCGCCGAGCCGCCGUGAUGGCGCUCGGCUUUGUGAUGUGCAACGUGCCAGAGCAGCUGCCUGGAGUGGUGAAACUCUUGGCCGAGAGCAAGCGCCCCAGGAUGCACCUGCCGGUGUCCCUCGUGGACACUGUUGAACAAUGCCGAGCCGCGACCCGCCAACUGCUCUUACAAACAGAGCUGGCAAUGGACGUGGAAGGUGUCGAUUUGUGUCGAACAGGCCCAGUGGCUUUGAUCCAGCUCUGCACACCCAAAGGGGACGUCUUUCUCUUCGACAUCACCACGCUUGGGCAUGAUGCUUUCAGUUUGGGACAGUUGAGCCUCGUACUGGAGUCUGAGCGCAUCUGCAAGGUGAUCUACGAUGGUCGCGCAGAUGCUGACGCUCUUUGUCAUCAGUUUGGGGUGCAGCUUCGCCAUGCCUUUGACCUGCAGGUUCAGCAUGCCUUGCGCUACAGCAAUACGAAUGACAGGUAUGUGAAGGGUCUGCAAAGGUGCCUUGAUGACUCUGGCGUUGUGGCACACUUUGAGAGGGCCAAAAUCGAGCGCAUCAAAGAGGUUGGGAAGCGCCUGUUUGUGCCCGAGCUUGGAGGACGAUCCAGCGUCUGGAUGGAGCGCCCGCUGCCGCAAGCCUUGGUGGACUAUGCUGCAUGCGAUGUCAAAUAUCUCCUGCGAGUCAAGGCUGCGUGGGCAGGCUCCACGUCGCAAGCUGUCCGGAGGGUGACCCGGGAACGACUGCGAGGCGCCAUGACUGCACAGGUUCCGGCCAAGGGCGCGCACAUGAGCGUCCGCGACUUUUCCUUGGGCCCACAUGCGCAGUACCUGGGCAGGGAAGCUGUGGCCCAGCCGCGAUGCUUCAAGUGCGGCAGCACAGGGCAUCUGGCCAGGUCCUGCCCCCUGCACGAUGACGUCUUCGACCUUGGCUACGGGAGUGACCGCAUCUACCACGACUCUCCGCAGCACUACUCUGACUACUCUCCACCUCUCACUUUUCGGGACAUAGCUCCGGAUGGCUACAUUGACUCCUCCGGCAACGAGUGGUGA